AUGACGCCCGAGGCGCAGGAUCCACUGUCAGCUUGGGCCGGGGUCCUUAGCGUCUCAAAAAUGAGUGGCGUCUGGCCGAGCAGGAGCGCUGCGGAGGGAGUGCUAAAGGCAACACUCAGAGUGCAGUCUGGUUGGACAGAAGCAUUCAGAGGAGAGUCUGUCACCCUUAAUUGUGAAAUAGAGGGAGGAGAAGGCAAGUGGACUUUUAUCUGGUACAAGAAUGAAACUGAAGAUUCUACUAUAAAGGAAAGUAAAUACACCUUUGAGGUGAAAGAUGGAGAUACAUUUGCCUGCAUGGGAAACCGGACUGACGGUGACCCACAGAGGACAGAAAAGAGUAAUGCUGUUACACUGUCUGUGUCAGUAUCAACAGAAAAACCCAAACCGACUGUGAGUGUGAAUCCUCAGAGCUCCGUCUACACUGGAGACAGAGUUACUCUGAGCUGUAAUCUGCAGUCUACUGGAUGGAAGUUUUUCUGGUACAAAAAUGAUCAGAAAUCAAAUCCAUUGUCCCCUCGGGCCCCCAACACCAACACACUCAGUGUGACAGUCUCUAAUGAAGAACAAAUAAAUUACUACUGUAAAGCACGCAGGGGAAACUACGACUCAGAGUUCAGUUAUCCAGCCACGAUUACAGUGAGAGCGAGACCAAAGCCUGCAGUGAAAGUACAGGCAGCUGAGCCUGUGUUCAUUGGGGAAACCGUCACUUUCUCAUGUGAGAUACAGACUAGAGGAUCCUGGCAGUAUCACUGGUAUAGAGAUAAUAAAGAAGUCAAAGAUACUGCAGGAAAUAAUCAAUACACAAUCUCUGAUGUUAAAGCAUCUGAUAAAGGUGAUUACACAUGUAAAGGAACAAACUCAUCAGACCCAGAAUACACACAGCCCAGUGAUGCUGUUACACUGACUGUAUCAGAAAAACCUAAACCUAAACUCACAUCAGUCCUUAAAGGAGCUGCGCUGACAGGAAACUCAGUGACUCUGUCCUGUACACUGAAGCUGCAGUCUGCUGGAUGGAAGUUUUACUGGAACAAAGACACACAGAGCACUGAGACUGAGACUGAAACACACUCCUACAACAUCAGCUCAGUUAGAGUCUCUGAUGGAGGUCAGUACAAGUGCAGAGCUGGAAGAGGAAACCCAGUCUACUACACACACUACAGUGAUGCACUCUGGGUAAAUGUUAUUGAGAGUCCUAAACCUGUGGUGACUAUAAAGCCUGAUACACAGGUGUUCAGAGGAGAGAGAGUGACUUUCAGGUGUGACAUACAGAGAGGAGGAGGCACUGAGUGGACAUACGACUGGUAUAGGAACGAUUACACAUUCUACCCAUCCCACACAACACAGGAGUUCAUCAUCAUCUCUGUUGAAAAUUAUCACGGUGGUAAAUACACCUGCAGAGGGAGGAGAAGUGACUCUCAGAUCUCAAAGACGAGUGAUCCUGUUCCACUCUCUGUAUCAGAAAAACCUAAACCUAAACUCACAUCAGACCUUAAAGGAGCUGCACUGACAGGAAACUCAGUGACUCUGUCCUGUACACUGAAGCUGCAGUCUGCUGGAUGGAAGUUUUACUGGAUCAAAGACACACAGAGCACUGAGACUGAAACUGCAACACCCUCCUACACCAUCAGCUCAGUUAGAGUCUCUGAUGGAGGUCAGUACUGGUGCAGAGCUGGAAAAGGAAACCCAGUCCACUACACCCACUACAGUGAUGACCUCUGGGUAAACGUUAUUGCGAAUCCUAAACCUGUGGUGAUUAUAAAGCCUGAUACACUGGUGUUCAGAGGAGAGACUGUGACUUUCAGGUGUGACAUACAGAGAGGAGGAGGCACUGAGUGGACAUACAGCUGGAAUAAGAAUGCUCGCACACUCUACUCAGACAGAACAACACAGCAGUUCAGCAUCAGCUCUGUUGAAAAUUAUCACGGUGGUAAAUACACCUGCAGAGGGAGGAGAAGUGACUCUCAGAUCUCAAAGACGAGUGAUCCUGUUACACUCUCUGUAUCAGAAAAACCUAAACCUAAACUCACAUCAGACCUUAAAGGAGCUGCACUGACAGGAAACUCAGUGACUCUGUCCUGUACACUGAAGCUGCAGUCUGCUGGAUGGAAGUUUUACUGGACCAAAGACACACAGAGCACUGAGACUGAAACUGCAACACCCUCCUACACCAUCAGCUCAGUUAGAGUCUCUGAUGGAGGUCAGUACAAGUGCAGAGCUGGAAAAGGAAACCCAGUACACUACACACACUACAGUGAUGCACUCUGGGUAAACGUUAUUGCGAAUCCUAAACCUGUGGUGAUUAUAAAGCCUGAUACACAGGUGUUCAGAGGAGAGACUGUGACUUUCAGGUGUGACAUACAGAGAGGAGGAGGCACUGAGUGGACAUACAGCUGGAAUAAGAAUGAUUACACACUCUACCCAUACAGAACAACACAGCAGUUCAGCAUCAGCUCAGUUACAGACUCUGACGGUGGUAAAUACACCUGCAGAGGGAGGAGAAGUGACUCUCAGAUCUCAGAGACGAGUGAUCCUGUUCCACUCUCUGUAUCAGAAAAACCUAAACCUGAACUCACAUCAGACCUUAAAGGAGCUGCACUGACAGGAAACUCAGUGACUCUGUCCUGUACACUGAAGCUGCAGUCUGCUGGAUGGAAGUAUUACUGGAUCAAACCCACACAGAGCACUGAGACUGAGACUGCAACACACUCCUACACCAUCAGAUCAGUUAGAGUCUCUGAUGGAGGUCAGUACAAGUGCAGAGCUGGAAAAGGAAACCCAGUCUACUACACACACUACAGUGAUGCACUCUGGGUAAAUGUUAUUGAGAAUCCUAAACCUGUGGUGUCUAUAAAGCCUGAUACACAGGUGUUCAGAGGAGAGAAUGUGACUUUCAGGUGUGACAUACAGAGAGGAGGAGACACUGAGUGGACAUACGACUGGUAUAGGGACAAUUCCACAUUCUACCCAUCCCACACAACACAGGAGUUCAGCAUCUCUGUUAGAAAUGAUCACGUUGGUAAAUACACCUGCAGAGGGAGGAGAAGUGACUCUCAGAUCUCAAAGACGUGUGAUCCUGUUACACUCUCUGUAUCAGGUGGAUCUCCUCCAGUGUCUCUGAUCAUCAGUCCCAGCAGAACUCAACACUUUACUGCUGACUCUCUCUCACUGAGCUGUGAGGACCAGAGUGACUCUACUGGAUGGACAGUGAGAGGAUACACACAUAGUGAGAGAUUGUUCGAUUGUUCAUCAGUUUCAGGAUCUACAUGUAACAUCAGCUCCCUCUCUACAUCACACACUGGAGUUUACUGGUGUCAGUCUGAAUCUGGAGGACGCAGUAAUUCUGUUAUCAUCACAGUGCAUAGUGGUGAUUUGAUCCUGGAGAGUCCUGUCCAUCCUGUAACUGAGGGAAAUCCACUGACUUUACGCUGUUUAAAUCGCUCAAAGAUCUCAGACUCUGGUGCUGAUUUCUAUAAAAAUGAUUCCAUCCUCCAGUCCCAGACUAAAGGAGAGAUGACCAUCAGUAGUGUAUCAGAGUCAGAUGAAGGUUUCUACCACUGUAAACACCCAGAGAGAGGAGAGUCACCGAAAAGCUGGGUUUCAGUCAGAGUUUCAGCUUCUGGAUCCACUGGUGUAAUUAUAGGACUGAGUUCGGCCUUCGUGUUUGUCAUCUUAUUGAUCUUACUGAUUCUGCUGUUGCACCACAAGAAGAAAAGAGGUGUAGAAUAUCAGACUCCUUCUGCUGUAAAUCAGGACACCAAUCAGCCUGCAGAUGGUGAUAACAUCUACGAAAAUACUAAUAUCAGAACCACAGAUGAUUCUGCAGCUGAAGCCAGCAAUAUGCUCUACUCAGAGGUUGUCACUAGGAAGAAGAAACAAAAGGAUGAUUCUGCAGCUGAAGCCAGCAAUAUGCUCUACUCAGAGGUUGUCACUAGGAAGAAGAAACAAAAGGAUGCUGCCACUGGACCAAGUGAUGUGACUUAUGCUGACAUUGAACUGAAAAACCAAAAGAAACCAAAGAGAAAACAAGGAAAGAGCAGUGAGGCAGCUGACACUGUUUACUCAGAACUGAAGCAGAACACAGAUAAAGGUCCAUGAAGAAAGUCUAAAGUCUCCAAUCAAGAAUUGCUGAAACGGCCAAAGAACAUGGUAAAUAUAUAUUUUAGGGAGGACACUGUAGUUUCUGGAAAGCUUGUUUUUUGCUUAAUUCAAAUCUAAGCAUUGUACAAACUCCUGAUAGGGAUGUUAAAGGAACAGGAAGCUGAAUGUAUUUAAAAUUAUACCUUCUAUCUUUCACAAUGGGCUGGAAUUGGCUUUAUCCAGGUUAAAUUUAGUUGCCAGUUUUCAUUCACUGCAUCAGUAUAACUAAGCUGGCAGUGUUGAUUACUAAGUGUUCACUCGUAUAUUUUAAUACUGAUCUCAAUUACAAAAAAAAAACAAGUAUAUUAUUGUUUCACAUUUAACAUUCUGCAUUUAAUUUGUUGUACAUUAUUUUAUUCAAGUAUUUUGUGUUGUACAUUAUUUUAUUCAUGUAUUUUGUGUUUAUUUACUCAUUUAUGCUAUUUACCUAUUAAUGUAGUGUAAAAGGGAAAAUAAAAAUCCAGCAUUGGAUUUUAGAGUUUAGGAAUAAUCAGAUAUUUUGUCUUCACUGCUUUAAACAGUCAGUAAUGCUGUAUUGUUCUUGAGGGAGCAGCUCAUGGACUUUUGGCACAUAGACUGAUAUUGUGCCUUUUUUUUUAAUCUUUUAAAAUCUUUUCGAGUUUAGUGCCUAUAUAAUAUGUACAUUUCUAUUUUUUAUAAUUAUAUAUUUUUUCAGUAUACAAAUACAAGUAUCAGUAAAGUAAUAAAUUUCAUCAUUUUGAGUUAGAUAAUGUACUUUCUUUGGUUUUCCUCUGGUUUAUUGCCUUCCAUAUCCACCAGAAUGUUACAGGAGCAAAAGAAAUAUAAGGCUGUAUACAUGCUGUGUGAAGAGCUUUGAAUAAUAAUUAUCCUCAGCAAUAUCUUAUUAUGGUAUAUUUAUGCUUGAAUUUUGUACAUAUCAUUAUAUUGUUCCUUUCAUUAUAUUCUCAUGUAUUUUUAUAAGUAUUAUAUUCCAAAUUAUAUAAUUAAUUUAAGCAGUACAUAAAAAUGAAUUUAAAGUUUGUAUUUUUUUAAGCAUGAUGCCUGAAAUUAGCAUGAAUAAACA